AUGAAACCGGAUUAUCUUUUCGGCCUCGCGGCCUUGGCUAGAUCGGUGCUCGCAUCGGACCAGCAACCGUUGCGAGCUGCCCAACUCCACGAGACUGGCCCGGAGCCAAGACUGGAUCAAGUUAUUGCUUCCUCACCUCUUCUCUCGUUCCACAGGGACAUAGUAGAGAUAGCAUCGGUCACCGAGAAUGAGAAAACUGUGGGAGACUUUAUCUUGGAAUUCCUUGCUGCGCAGAACUUGACCGUCGAGAAACAAAUCGUUACCCCCGAGACGAAAGAUCAAAAAGAAAGAUUCAACAUUUAUGCCUAUGUUGGGAAAAAUAGGUAUCCUGAUGUGCUAUUGACUAGUCACAUCGAUACGGUCCCACCCUUCAUUCCGUACUCUCUGCAUUCGCCUCAGACCGAUGGUUCGUUAUUUGACCGAAACGACCUGGUCAUUGCUGGCCGUGGGACAGUCGAUGCCAAAGCUAGCGUAGCAGCCAUCAUUUUCGCUGCUCUGGAAACACUCAGAGACAACCCAGAUGCCUCAAUCGGUCUACUGUUUGACGUUGGCGAGGAAAGGGACGGCGUCGGUAUGAAACACUUCUCAAACUCCGACCUAAAUUUGAAACCUCCGACAUAUCGCUCGAUCAUAUUUGGUGAACCGACGGAGUUGAAUCUGGUUGCGGGGCACAAGGGAUCCAUGAAGUUUACGCUUGUCUCAAGAGGCAAAGCGGCACACUCGGGUUACCCCUGGUUAGGGGAAAGUGCAAUUUCCGCCAUACUUCCAGUUCUGUCUCAUCUCGACUCGUUACCUAAUAUUCUACCCCAAGAUGGUGGUUUUCCUCGAAGUGAGCGGCUGGGUCAGUCCACUUUGAAUAUUGGUCAAAUCUCUGGUGGCGUGGCAGCCAAUGUGGUUCCUGCAUAUGCUGAAGCAACUAUAUCCGUUCGUAUUGCCGAAGGAAGCCCGGAGGACAUCAGAGAAAUCAUACGCAAAGCCGUGGAUAGCGUGUCCGAAGGCGACCAAAACAUCGAUUUGGAGUUUGGACACCCACAGACUGGAACUGGACCUCAGUACUUCGAUGUUGAUGUGGAUGGAUUUGAUGUGAUUACUGUGAACUACGGAACCGAUGCUGCUUCACUACAUAUUCACAACCAAAGCUCUCAAAAGGUUCAGCGUUAUCUGUAUGGACCUGGAAGUAUUCAUGUUGCCCAUGCAGACAACGAGGCAAUCACUGUUGGAGAACUGGAAGAGGCGGUGCAAGGAUACAAGAGACUGAUCUCAGCUUCUCUUUGA